AUGUAUGGAUCCCAUCCAUAUUCCACACCUGGUCAACAAAGCUCCGGGCCUUCACAGCCAGAAUGGCGUCGGCCGGCUCCUACGCAGUCGUCAUGGCGUCCCAGCACUGUAUCUCCACCGCCGCCUCCUCCACCCCCCAAUCCCGCAGUAUCAGCACCUUCAUACAACCCGAAUACCUAUGGAUCCAUGACUAGUGCUCCGGGACCGAGUAUCUCUCCCAGCGUAUCGCCGCUUUCUGGUUUCUCUCAGGCAGUUGAUACAACCUCGUGGGGUCCUCGUCCUUCGAGCACAACCGGCCAGUCUUACUCCAGCGCACCACCUCCGACGAUAAGCCCGAUCGAAACCCAUCAGUCUUUCUCGACGCCUCCAGGAUAUGGGCCUCCGGCGACUGCCCCUGUAACGCAUCAACAAUGGAUGACGAACGCUCCAUAUGGUUCUCAGCAGUCUUUCAGUCCUGCACCACAACCACCUCCUCCGCCUCCACUUCCACCAGGGUACGCUCAUGCAGUAUCACAGCCUGUCACUCAGCCGCUGCAGCAACCCCCACCACCCGCAUAUUCAACGUCCAUCACCAGCCAGCCAGUCAGUUCGCAAUAUGAUAUUCCCCCACAAAGCGCCCCAGUCCCCCCUACAGUCAACCUGAGUCCUUAUCCUCCGCCUCCGGAGCAACCUCCAGCGGCCACUGCGCCCAGCACACUGCCAACAACAGCCCCGCCUGUUCCUCCUAAAAUGAGCCCUCUCGUAGUCGCCACUGGAGCCUCUGCGUUGGGAUCUGGAGGCCCCUCUGAUUGGGAGCAUCUCUCACCCGUUCCGGGAGACGUUGAUGAUGUUGCGACCUUUGAGCCCCGCCGAGACCCGGCUCAUUCACGGACUUAUUCUGAACUCCCGACCAGUUCACCCGUGGCCCCGGCGGACACCGCCUCUGUCAGUCCGUCCACUACAGCUACGCCGCUUCCAAAUGUCUCGCCCCCAACGCAGCAUGCACAUAUGCAGGGUAAUGGAGCACCGUCGGACCAGUUCAGGCAAUCUCCAGUCAGCCCCAGUACAUCGCUAGGGUACCAAGAACCGCCUCCCCCGGUAAGGGUGGACACUAUGGAGUCUAAAUACAGCACCGCCUCAGGCACUGGUACUUCGGAAAGUAUCGACAAAGUUAUCGAAGCUUGGAAGCGUCCUGUUUCUCCCGAUAAACAACCCACACUUGGCCAAGGCACCGAUCAUUCUGAUGUGGAAACGAAGCCUUCAACUCCUUUAGAAGGACCGAGUCCUCUUGACGUAUCUAAACAAAAGCCGGACGGUCCAUCAGAGCAGACGGAUGGCGCUACAAACGAAAUAACGUCAAGCUCAGACGGCGUCACCAAUAAAGACGAGAACAAGGCGGCAUAUCAACGCAAGGCGCCGGAUCCCUUCGAAGACUUGGACCCUUGGUCCAAAUCCUCGUUAGAGCGUUACGUUGCAAUAUUGCGAAAGGAAGCCGUAGCGGAUUCCGAUGAAGAGCGCUAUAAAAUAUUCACGGCUUUCAUGGCGAAAGAAACCAAACUGCGUGAGAUUUUGUACAAUGUCGAUCAUGAUCAAAAGAGCGAUGAGCCUUCUACCGACAAACCCACCCCAGUUCAAGAAUCGCCGCAGCCUAAGGCCAACGAACCCGAGAAGAUUGAUUCUCCGAUUGAAUCCGGACUGAUACCCGUGGAAACGGAGGGCUAUUUUGGAUCGACCGACGUGCCAGAAGAAACGGAAGAUGGCAAAUAUAGCCCAGGCGGACGUCCUAUCCUGCCCAGGUUGCAUACACCUAUUAGCGCGACGAGUUUGCAGAGAUCUUCUUCCGUCGCCGUGGGCACCAAACACAGCCACGGACUCUCAGGGCAAAUUCAGUUGUCUCGACCGACUUCAGUGCCACCCACAAUGAGCGACGCGAUGCGUAAACAGAGUUUGUCUCCUUUGACGACCAAUCCUCCCAAUGCCAUCUAUACACCUUUCCGUUACGCAGAAGGCCCGCAGCGAGGCUCCGACAACCUUAUCUUUGACCGCCCUGCAUACCAAGCCUACUCAGCCCUACGACAGGCCUCUGCAGAAAGUGGUAGAAUGAUGUCAAAUGCCCCAGCCCCGGCGCCUACUGAACGACCAGGUUCUGUUGCUCCGUCAACAACAAAGGAAGAGGAUGAUGAGACCUUUGUUGGGCUCAUCAGGGAAAAGAGCGUUGCCUAUAGGAAUAAGUCUUCGCGCCGUAUCUCAUCACCGCCUCCACCUUUGCCCGCUGCCCUUCGGCAGGGAAAACCGGCUGGAUCUAUUGACGAGUUGCGAUCCAUGGUUUCCUCCCCUUUAGCCAAGCAGUCGGAAAGCGCAUGGCAUAUCACAACCAAACAAGACCUUGAGAAGUAUCCCAAUGACUUCACUUACAUCAGAGAGGCGGGAACCUCUUGGGAGUCCGCGAAUAAAUCUCGACGGGAACAGCUUGACAAGGAGCGCAUGCGACGCCAAGAGGAGUCGGAAGAGCAUGUUGAUGCGUUGUUCAACGAAAAGGAAAUCGGAUAUGCGGAUAUCAACGUACUGGAGGAAGAAUUUCGUCAAACAGAGGCUCGUGUGCAGCUGAAUGAAGAGAGGGAAGAAGUCGACGACUUCGUAAAAACCGUGUUCAAGCCUCUGGAAACACGUCUGACGGAAGAGAUCUCGGCACUUCAGGACCUCUAUGAGUCGGCACUCAGCCAGCUCAACCUUGAAAACAGCAGAAUUCAAGAUUCAGAGCGGGAUAAGUAUAACUUGUCCCACACGAUGAAACUGGUCAACGACAUAUAUCGACGACUUGAACUGCGCUAUCACAAACGUCUUCAGAUCGCAUUGGACCUCGAGCGCCGGAGAAAGAAAGCUGAACGACGACCCCUCGUUUUCAUGGGCGACUCGGCAGAGCUGAAAAAGGUAGACGCCGACUUCGACCAAAUGGAGAAGCAGAACAUCCUAAGAGCGGCCAGAGAUCGUGAUGAGAGGGCCAAUCGAUUGAUGGACGCCUUUGAUGAAGCUAUCAUCCACGGUUUAGGCGAGAACCAAAGUCUUCUCGAUGAGAUUUUGGCCAAAGUUUCGAAAAUCGACCUGGCGGCGAUUCGUUCCUCCGGUAUGGCCGACUCCGAAGUUGAGCAAAUGUUCAAAUCGGUGCAGUACUCUGUCGAUUCGCUGCGUCAGGACUCUGAAAACAUCCUGCGCUAUUUUGGACUGGCGGAUGCCGCACUCAACGAAGCCGACUACCAGGUUUCCGUGGCGGAGGCUCGAUGCUCGGGUGCUGACGCCGACGUGUUCCGCCGGUUAGACGAGGAGAAAAAGAAGGAGGAUGCGAAGAUCCAGAACGAUCUCAAAUCCAAGAUCGCCAGUGUGCGCGCAGGGCCGGCGAAGAUUCUAGCUACCAUGAACGACCUGCUGAAAUGCCUGGGCAAAGCGCCUAUAUUUGAAGAGCCAGCACCGAUAGAGCCUCUGCCUGCCGGCCAAUCUGUCGGUGCCCUGCUCCCCGGCCCUCGGCCGCCUACAGCCAAUAUUAAGUCAAAGAGCUCCGAGGAAGAUCCGGAACAUCAGGAGCGACUUCGAAGGGCGUUGGAGAAUGCCAAGAAGAGAAACGCUGCCAGAGUCAAUCCUCCGCCAUAG